CAUAUUUCAAAAACACGAUGAAGAUUGCUAAUUCCAUCACUGAAUUGAUUGGUAACACACCACUCUUAUAUUUGAAUAAACUCACUGCGGAACAUGGUGCUGUAGCCAAGAUUGCAUUAAAGUUGGAAUCUUUGGAACCAAUGAGCAGUGUCAAGGACAGAAUUGCCUUGUCAAUGAUUGAAGUCGCCGAAAAGGAAGGAAAAAUUCAACCUGGAAAAACUGUCUUGAUUGAACCAACAUCUGGUAAUACUGGUAUUGGUAUUGCUUUUAUUGCUGCUAGCAAGGGAUAUGAGUGUACUAUUAUCAUGCCUGAUUCUAUGAGUAUUGAAAGAAGAGUUGUCUUGAGAUCACUUGGUGCCAAGUUGAUUUUGACUCCUGCUGCCAAGGGUAUGAAGGGAGCUGUUGCUGUUGCUGAAAAGCUUGCCCAAAGAACUGAAAAUUCAUUCAUUUUGGGUCAAUUUGAUAAUCCAGCUAAUCCAUUGAUUCACUACAAUACAACUGGUCCAGAAAUUUACAGAGAUACUGAUGGCAAAAUUGAUAUUUUCGUCAGUGGAGCCGGUACAGGUGGUACCUUUUCAGGAUGUAUGAAGUAUUUCAAUGAACAAACUGAAAAGGAAGGUCGUGCAAAGGUUAGAGGUAUUGUUCUUGAACCAGAAGAAAGUGCUGUCAUUAGUGGAAAUACCCCAAGCCCACACAAGAUUCAAGGUAUUGGUGCUGGAUUCAUUCCAAACACUUUGGAUACAUCCCUCAUUGAUGAAAUCUUUAAGGUUCACUCUGACAAUGCUGUUAAAUUUGCUAAGGAAGCUGCAUUGAAGGAAGGUUUGUUUGUUGGUAUCAGUUCUGGUGCUGCUAUUUAUGCUGCAUUGGAAGUUGCUAAACGACCAGAAAAUGAAGGUAAAUUGAUUGUUGCCAUCAUUCCUAGCUUUGGUGAACGUUACUUGAGUACUGUCUUGUUCAGUGAUUUGAGAGAAGAAUGUCAAACUUUGAAGGCUGUUGAUAUUGAUACUUUCUAAAUUAAAUAGUCGAGUUUUUUUUG